AUGAAUAGAUCAAUAAUAUUAAAGGCUUUGUUGUUUAUUAUAAAAAUAAACGGCACUGAGGAAUAUUCAUUACAAUUAGAAGAGGAGUAUAAGAAACAAGGAACUAAUAGUAAUGAACAGGAUAAACUUAAUGAAGACUUUGAAUUAGAAUAUGAUAAAAAGUUUGAAAAAUUAGAUGAAUCUGGGAAAGAAAAUUCUGAAACCAAAUCUGAUGAUCAAAAUCCAUUUAUAAAAAAAUAUAAAUCAAGCUUUGAUUUAAUUAUAAACGCGGAUAGUGUAUUUGAAUUUUAUUAUUCAGAGAAAAUUAAAUGUAUAAGUGAUUAUUAUCAUCCAAUUAUAUUAAAAAAUUCAUAG